CCGCUUGAAGUGACGUCAGUGAGAUGGAUGGUGGAAUAAGUAGUCUUUCGCUCAGAGGCGGGAUUAGAGGUACAGGGGGUACACAUAGAGACUGCUGAAAUUGAGUGUUAACGGUAGCGUAGAGACCGUAAUCUCGUUACAUAACCCAUCACUGAACGCGCCGUUCGUCCGUUCAUUCGCGUUAAUCCGUUUCUCCUCAGAGCGAAAACACUUGUGGCGUUCGUCAGAGCGAGGGAACUCAGACACAUUUCUGUCUUCUCAACAUGAGGACAACUACAUCAAUUUUUGUGAGCCACUAGAAUAAAAUAACAUCCCUUACAUGCUUCUGUCCUUGUACCUAUGUCCAGCAGUGUGGUGAUGACGACCCGUUGACGCGGUUUCCACCACAACGCCAAGGGAAAGAGAGAUAGAGGGAGAGAGAGAGAGAAAGAGAGAGAGAGAAAGAGAGGAAUCAAGGCGACUCAGCACAAGACCCACCUUGUUUGGUUUCAAAGCCGAAGCUGAAGAAGAUUUCCAAAGAUAUCCAAGCGCCUCUGCAGACAUGGAGGCGGCGAGUUUGGCACACGGGGUCGCGAGCCCUUUAAGCCCGCGCGAGGGCAUGAUCAAGAACGUGAGCCUGGAGUCGCUCCAGCUGUGCGAGAGAGACGGCAAGGCUGAGGAUCCUGGAGUGGUAGGAAUGGAGUUACCCAUUGCUCGCAACAUCAGGAUCAGCAACAUUACCUGCGACUCCUUUAAGAUCUGCUGGGAUAUGGACCCUCACACCACAGAGAAGAUCACACAUUACUUCAUUGACCUUAACAAGAAGGAGAACAAGAACUCCAAUAAAUUUAAACACAAGGAUGUGCCUACGAAGCUUGUUGCUAAGGCAGUCCCGUUGCCCAUGACAGUGCGAGGCCAUUGGUUCCUGAGUCCACGGACAGAAUACACAGUUGCUGUGCAAAUAGCAUCCAAACAGACCGAUGGAGACUACGCCGUAUCAGAAUGGAGUGACAUUGUUGAAUUUUGUACAGCGGAUUAUUCCUCAGUGCAUUUGACGCAGCUGUUGCAGAAGGCUGAAGUCAUUGCUGGCAGGAUGCUCAAGUUCUCCGUCUUUUACCGGAAUCAGCAUGAGGAAUACUUCCAACACUGCAGAGAUAUUCUCGGUGGUCGAAUGAUGCCCUCGGUGAAGGAUAACAGCGGUAGUCACGGUUCACCUCUCAGUGGUAAAGUGGAAGGGAUCUUCUUCAGCUGCAACACUGAAUUUAACACCGGUCAGCCGGCACAGGAUUCUCCAUACGGCCGUUUCCGCUUCCAGAUACCCGCCGAGGUUCUGUUCACUCCUGAUACGCGCCUCUACUUUGGCGACUUCUACUGCAUGUACACCGCCUAUCAUUAUGUUAUCCUCGUCCUGGCUCCUCGGGGCUCGCACGGAGACCUUUACUGCAGAGAUCGCCUUCCGGAGCUGGAUGUGACGAACAACCGCUUUCUGACACGUGUCUGCGGGGAGGAUGGGCGGGUGGUGUUUCAGCAUGCGCAGGAUGUGAUUCUGGAGCUGAUUUAUACCGAGCCGGUGCCGUUGGCACAGGGGACUGUCUCUCAGAUCAGUGGCCACCAGUUGAUGAGCUUGUCAACUGUGAAUGCAAAGAAAGACCCCAGCUGCAAGACCUGCAACAUCAGUGUUGGCCGCUAACUUGGGCGAAACAUUCACACACAGACCCAGUUGCGCAUAUAACAAGAAGACCUCCUGAACAACCUUUGAAUGCUAAGUUACAAAACAAGACACAGAAAAACGCUCCAAGACAAAUGGCCCCAGAAUCCUUCAGAUAUGACCGUAUGGCAUUCAAGCCCCUUUGGGGGUCUUACAGACUCCCAGCUAAUGCUAGAAAAUUACACCUUUGCUUAAUGAACUGAGAAGUGUUUUAAAAAGAGCAACAGAAAAAAAUAGAAGAGUAAGACACAAAAAAAAAGAUUCAAGGCAAAAAAAAAUAAGAUUUGAAUUUUGAAAAAAAAAAAGAGAACAAAGAGUAAAGCUAAAUUUCCAAAACCUUCAAUCCCACUGUGAAUUUUUCAUGUGGUUUUGGUGCUUUUUCUGAUCGAUAUUCAGACCCCAGUUAUGUUCAUCUCCAAACCAUUUGUGACUUCUUUUUUUUUAACACAGUGACUCCCAGACAGAGAUGUCUUGCUCAGUUUCUGCUGAGGUCGUCAAGCUUCCUGUUUCUUUCUUAUGUUGGACUUGUGCUGCAUGAAGUCUGAUCCUUUAAGCAUCUACAUGCCACCUCAGCCUUUAAACCUUCUAUAUGGGGAUUUUCUUCAUUUACACAGAUCAUGUGGUCUUGGUGCCCACUGAGCCUAUAUUAACCCUUGCCAUGCACUUCUGAGGACUUCUACUGCAUGUGUACUGCAUAUCAUUACUAUCCAGAUGGAUUUGACAAAACAAAUGCUUUAAGAGUUUCAUGCCAACUGAUCCUUUAAGCACCUACAUGCCACCUCAGCCUUUAAACCUUCUCCUUUAUCCUCAGUCUUUUCAUUUUCUACUCUGAUCGCAGUUCUCCUUUAACCUUUCUUACUCAUUAAAUAUAAUUUUGAUGUUC